UUCGUCCAUAAUUUCCUUUGUUUAUACCACACCACUCCUUAUCUCUUGAACCCACCAACAAGUUUGAUGGGUUAGCUCUAAGCACGCCACCAUAUGAGAAGAACAAAAAUGUCAGUGGCUAUGUCACCUCUUCGAAGAUGGGUCAUUUUCAUCCGUGCUAAUUUUGUCAAUUGCUUUAGCGAAAGAGCCAAACUCAAUUGGGUUCAUCGCCAGAAACACCAACCUAGCACUCGGUGAGAUCUGAAGCAUCUUUCAGAACACAUUAUAAAGUCUCUUCAUCUCUUCAUCAAUAAUCUGCUCACCAAAAACACCACAACUAUAAAACCCACCGCCUAAGGCUUCAACACUUGUUUUAGUCAUCUCCAUAGAAUCAUUUGAGUUCUCAAAGAAGACCGAAUUGGGUUAUAUUGAGCUCAUGAAGAAGGGGAUAGCAUGUUAGAGAUGGGUUGUCAAAAUCAUCAAUGGUUUCUGUGAUUCCUGAGGAAAAUUCAUGGGAUUGGAUGAAACAGCCAGUCACUUGGCGACGUUGCUACCACUUGUUGUGCCACCUCUAACUGGAACUAUGUGAGCUAAAUUACCUUGAUAAUUCCCCAUUCUUUGGAAUAAGUAACUACACAUAGUUGAGAACCAACACACGGUAUGGAGCUUAAAGUGCUGUGUGAAAAGUUCACCACUUUAUUUUUCCUCAGGACGCAAGAUUUAAUCUAUACGAGGUGAUAUAAUUUAUGAUUCUCAGGGAGAAAAAUGUUGAUGGGAGGAGACUUUGAUCUGAAUUCCAUGCAAAUAUAUGCUGAUCCUCUCAAAAAAGUUUUAAAGCAGACAAUGCUUAACCAGGAGGUUAUAUUCAGGAAGCAGGUUCAUGAACUCCACCGUUUAUAUAGGAUACAAAAGGCCCUAAUGGAAGGUUUUGGCUGGAAAGACUUUGAUGGAUACAAUUUGUGGAAAAUGAGUACACGAUCAACAGUGGGGCCUUUCAUUAAUCCUUGGAGAUUUGAACAUCUGGCCGAAGAGAAAAUAAUUUCCACCAUUCCCACGGUAAAGGAGGACAAGCAACUCCCAAUGACUUGUAUGAGAAGUGAUUUAGUGAAGAACAAAUAUGUGAGCUCAACAGAUCCUACAAACAAUGAUUACUUGAAAGAGCAUACAGGUACCUGCUUCAGGCUUCAGCAGGGGGCUCUGGAUCUUGAACUUCCAGCUGAUCACUUCAUUAACUACAUUGGUGCUGAGUUUCUAAGUAAAGAAAAUGGCCGGGAUUCUCUAAGACAUUAUGGCGAAUUAAGAAAUUAUAUUCCCGGUGAUAAUGCAUCUCCUCCAGAAGAGUUGAAGCUUUCCCUGAGCAUUGGAGUUGAUGCUAGAAAGAGUGACGGCAAGAGAACUUGGCAUGACAAGAUUAGAGAAUUUUCUUCUCAACAUGUUAUUGAUUUAGAGGAAUCAACUGAAAAGGUGUCAAAUGAGGCAUCAAAGCCUGAAUCUGACCACGAUUGUGCUCCUCCAAUCACUUAUUCUGGAGAUAAGCAUGACUCACAAGUUUCUGUCCAAUCAAAUCAAAGCCUUACUAAUAGUGCAAAGAAAGAGCCAUCAUGUGGGUUUACGGUGAUUCGCUCUGUUGUAGAUACUGGUGAAAGCUGUCAGGAGCAAAACUCCUUCAAUAAAGGAAUUGAAAAAGGCCAUAGUGAAAUUGCAUGUAAUAAUUAUAUGUUCAGCAAGGAAAAACAAGACACUUCUUAUGAAAUGGUGCAUUUGGACCUUAACAGAGUUCUUCCCGAUGAUUCGUCUUUUUUCUCAAAUGAUCCUGCUCUGGCAUAUCCUUCAUCAGUUAGCUCAUCGGGUAACGGAUUAAUUGACAAGUUCCACAAAGUCACUCCUGCUGCAUCUGGUUGGAGAAAACCAGCCAUUAAUUGGUUUGAUGGAACUUCUGCUUUGCUUCCAGAUGAUGCUGUAAAUCCCAUCUCGAUGGAUUCCAACAGCAACAGUAAUGGUAUGAAUAAUUGGGCUAGAAGUAACGCAACUAAAGUGGUUAGUGGAAGUGAAGUGUGUCCCAUAGAUCUUGAGUCUGUGACUGGGCCCCCAUCAGAUAUUGGUGAAGACCUUGGCAGUCACAGCAGGGACUCUGAAAAUGAAAAUUUACACUCGCCGUUGAAAUUUCCAAACGAAAAUCAUGCAGAUGUAGCUUUGGCAGAAGUACACGGUGAAAAGGUUGAAGAAGAUAUGGUGUUUGUAAGACCAUGCAGAAGUCAAAGUGCAGUUCAAGAUGGACAUACUAACAUAUUGCCUGUCUCAUUCAAGUUUAAUUGCAUUGCUGACAACAACUCAUGCAGCGUAAAGACCAUGCAAUCAGGAACUUAUAUGGGAGAAUCAAAUCUUUCUCCUCCAAAUAAGUUCCCAAAAUCGGAGUCAUCUCAAGUUGUUGAAACUCCAUCAUGUGAGCAGGACCGAAUAUCUUCUGACAGCAUUGAAUUGAAUCAUCAAUGCUCCAACAAGAAGAAAGAAGAAUUAACAGAGGUGGAUGAUUUGAUCCAAAAGGCAGCCGAAUCACUGAUCCACAUUUCCCUGCAAGGUCCAACUAGUACUCCAAAUUGUUUUGCCAAGGCUAGAUUGAAUGAGUUUGAAAAUGAAGAGAGGGAGCAGCCACAGUAUUCUUCUGAUUCUUUUGCGUCAAUUGUGCUAAAGCUAAAAGAACAAAGUGCAGAUGACGAUUGUGUGUCAUCACAGCCAUUUGAAGUAAACGAAACCGAUAAAAGAGAUUGUGGAAUCAAGUUGAGAAGGGGAAGGAGGCUGAAGGAUUUCCAGAGAGACGUACUGCCAAGUCUGGCAUCUCUUUCCAGACUUGAGAUCCGUGAAGAUAUUAACAUUAUGGAGGGAGUUCUUAGGUCAAGAGAAUACAAGAAAAUGAGAUCCAAGAUGGCUGCUGGAGAUAACUGGUUUGCACCUGUCAAAAGCAGGAGGUCAAGACUCAAUUAUGUUGGCCGAAGAUAUUAUUCAUGAAAGUUAAAGCUAGAAUUGCAGUUAUAUUUGAAAAACAGGUUUGUUUUGAUUUGCAUAGCAUACUGAAAAUAACUUUAAUUCCAUUUAUGGAUCUUACAUCUUAGUACUUCUUUUUGUU